UCAUAGAAGCUUAGAGAUAACCUUCAUUAUUUAUACACUCCAUAUGAUUAAAGUGGUGAAAUUUAGCUAAAGAAAGUUAUGGAGUUUGAGGAUCAAGAGAAGCAAAGAGAUGAAGAAAUAGCAGCUGCACCGACUCACAACGACAACUCCGACUCAACAACAAAAAUGCCGCCGAGUCCUCAACUCGAGCUCGAGCCGUUAACAGCCGUUCAGCUCUGGACCAACAACAAGCCAAAAUACAAAGAGUGCCUAAAAAACCACGCCGUCGGUGUCGGCGGCCACGCCGUAGACGGCUGCGGCGAGUUUCUCCCCGCCGGCGAAGACGGCUCAAUUGAUUCACUCAAAUGCGCCGCUUGUAACUGUCACCGCAAUUUCCACCGGAAAAUUGCACCGCCGCCUCUCACCGCCGCCGCCACCGGCGGUGAGCCGGUUCCGUUUGUUUACCACUCACACAAUCAGCUGCCGACUUACUACAGAACCUUACCGCCACCUUGUGGGUAUUUACAGUACCACGUGGCGCCACAUCAGAGGCCGUUAGCUUUACCGUCGACUUCCGGUGGAUAUCGCGAGGAUCAGGAGGACAUUUCCAACCCAAAUUAUAGCGGAGGUUCAAAGAAGCGUUUUCGGACAAAAUUUAGCCAAGUACAGAAGGAGAAAAUGCAAGAGUUGGCUGAUAAAUUAGGGUGGAGGAUACAAAGGGAAGAUGAAGAAUUGGUGCAGCAAUUGUGCAAUGAGACUGGAAUUACAAGGCAAGUGUUCAAAGUUUGGAUGCAUAACAACAAGCAUACACUUGGUAAAAAACCCUAGAACCAAAAAAAAAAUAAAUCCCAUUAUUUUUAGGUAUUUUUGUUAAUAUUAAUGUUAGAUAUUGAGUAAUUAAGUACUUAUUUUGUAUUUCGGAAACUAUGUAUGUUAAUUAGCUGGGUACAAUGAUAAUAUAUUUAGUAUAAUCUCACAAAUAAGGUCUGGAGAAUGAUAGAAUAUACGUAGAUAGACCUUAUUUCUGUCUUGUGAGGUGAAGAGACUUGUUUUCGAUGUUUCAUAUUUCGUAGUAGUAGUAUAUUUUAGGCUCUUUUCUUCUAAUUCCACUUCCACUUGUUUAAUUGGAAA